CUCCGCCAAAUUCCAUACUUUGUACAACUCACUCUUCUCAUCAGUGUCAUACAAGAUUUAUUUUGUGUCGGCAUUUCAAAAUCAGUUGUACUCUUUCGAAAUUUGGCGUUUCAGAUAAGAUGUUAACGUCAUUCUCAAUCUCACCCUGCAUGGGGAAAGUUAACAGUUUAUCGUUCCUCUUUGUCUUUUCCGUUCUUUCAAAUCGGUUCGUGAUCUCGGAUAAUUUAACACCUCGUGGAGUUCCUUUAUCAAGGGCUGCCUUGUACGACCCUCAAAAGGAUUUCAGUUGUCUCGACGGCUCAAAACUUAUCCCGUUUUCAAUGGUUAAUGACGACUAUUGCGACUGUCCGGACGGAAGUGAUGAGCCUGGGACAUCGGCGUGUUCACGAGGGAGCUUCUUUUGUCAAAAUGCUGGUUUUGUGGCAGGAUAUAUACCGUCAAGUCGGGUUAAUGAUCACAUUUGUGAUUGUUGCGACGGCUCCGACGAAUCAGGAACUGUUCAAUGUUCCAACACAUGUGACGAGCUCGGUCGUGCUGCUCGCGAGGAAGGGGAGCGCCUUGCCAAACUGUUGAAAGAUGGUUAUCAAAAACGGGUCGAGAUGGCCAGCUCGGGCAAAGAAUUUCGCAAGUCGAAGGACGAGGAGAAAGCAAAACUAGAAGUGGAGAGGCAAAGACUUGAAAUUAUCAAAACUGAGAAGGAGAGGAUAAAGGAAGAAGUUGAAGCUCCAGAAAAAGAGGCUUUAGAAAGGUACCGCUUGAUUGAGGAAGAGAAACAAAAACUCCUCAAUGCCGCCGAGGAAGCUAAAGCCGCCUCAGAAGCUGAAAACAUGUUCAUUCUUUUGGAUUCCAACGGGGACGGAAAGCUAACCAAGGAUGAAAUAAAAACGCGACAGACUUUCGAUAAAAAUAAGGAUGGCGAAGUUUCGGACGACGAGGCCCUCUUCUUUUUAAACAUGGAGGAGGAAAUGUCCAAAGAAGACUUUCUCACGACUGGAUGGAUGAUGGCGAAGCCCUUCUUUCUCAUGGACCAAGGUAUGUUCCAACCUCCAAUAGAAGACCAGGAAGAAGAACAAGAGCCAUCCUUAAUGUCAGGAGGACAACCCAUCACGGUGACUGAAGCCCCGUUAAAAGAAUUAACCGAAGAGGAAAUCCAAGCUCAGGGAGACCACGUUUCGUAUAAUGCAGCUGGAGAAAAGGAAAUCAUUCCUGGCGUCGUAGAGGAGCAGGAGGAGGAGGAGGAAUUGUAUGAAGAAGACGGCCCCGCGUCGGUGGAAGAUGUCAAAGUUGAAGAGUCAAAGUAUGACGAGGCUACGCAGCAAUUAAUCGAUGCUGCUGAAAAGGCAAGAAGCGAAUUUAACGAGGCGGACAAAAGUGUGAGAGACAUUGUUCACCAACUCGAAGAGCUUAAUGACGUCCUCAACCUCGACUUUGGCGAUGAUGAGAGAUUCGCCCCCUUGCACGGACAGUGUUUCGAUUUCGAGGACAGAGAAUAUGUUUACACGUUGUGUCCAUUUAAAUCGGCCACCCAAAAACCACGCAAUGGCGGAGGUGAAGUAAAUUUAGGUAAAUGGGGUUCCUGGACUGGUCCGGAGGACAAUAAGUACACGGAAAUGUUUUACGAUCGAGGCCAAAAUUGCUGGAAUGGGCCAAAUCGUUCUGCCCGGGUUAAAAUCGCAUGCGGAACAGAAAAUAGGUUAACUGGAGUGUCCGAGCCGUCCCGGUGUGAAUAUCAGUAUGAAUACAUUUCUCCAGCAGCAUGUUCUCAACCACACCAUGGUCAUGAUGAACUUUAAUGUCUGUGUUAUUUAAGAAGAGGAUUAUACAGAAUAGGAAUACCCACUCCUUCUCUUGAAAAUAUCGAUUAAUCAUUAAACUCCUACUUAUAUUAUGUACGAAGUGGGCACCAUAUUUGUAAAUUGUAAACGAAGAAAGAAGAUAUGACACCCUGAAUAUUAUUAGUCAAUUAUUAUUUGAGAUUAAGUUUUAAUUUAAUUACUUAAUUAUUGGGCUUAAAAUAGUGUUUCCUCAUUCAAUGAAAACGUCAUAAUAUUGUAAAUACAAGCCCACAUUUGUAGUGUGCCUCUUUACGUGUUAUCCAAUAUAAUGUUAUCAAUAAUCAAUUAUGUUAUCUUGAAGUUUCUCUAUUCCAACUCAAUUGUUAUCUCUGCAUUUACUUUUAACGAGUCAUAUGAAAAUUAGUGAUAAGUUUAAGUUCGAUAUAAAAUGUGAUUUUCAUUCCAACAGAAUUACCUAAACAUAAUAUAAUUGUUAUUUAAUGCUGCUGGUUUAACUGAUAAAAUUUGCAUAUGGAUAAAUUAUUAUAACUAUUUGAUAAAUUAUUAUGAGUAAAGAUUGUGAAAAAAA